ACAAUCGGUAUGGAGUAACAUCAGUCAGUGAAACACGAUUAUGGCGAAGUUAACUGCUACCUCCGUCCUCAAGUCUGCCUCUGGCAUGGAAAUGCCAAUUUUCGGUUUGGGAACAUGGCAGAGUGUGGACGCGGAACUGGAGAGAGCUCUACACACAGCACUUGAGGUCGGAUAUCGCCUCAUUGACACAGCUUUUGUCUACAACAACGAGGAGGCUAUCGGCCGAGUGCUGAGUGAGUGGCUGCGAUCAGGCAAGAUUAGUCGCCAGGACAUUUUUAUCACUACCAAGCUACCUAUGCAAGGGAACAGUCCUAAACUUGUUCGGGAGUAUUUACAGAAGCAAUUGAAAGCGCUCCAGCUGAAGUAUGUGGACCUAUACUUGAUACACCAUCCCGCUGGGAUCAAUGCUGAUGAAGUGAUAAAACACGAAGGCAACACAGUGGACAAUACAGGGUUGAAACUGGACAUGACGACUGAUCACGUGGCUUUAUGGAAGGAAAUGGAAAAACAAGUGGACGAUGGACUAACUAAAGCGAUUGGUCUAUCCAACUUUAACGUCAAACAGAUAGAGCGUAUUCUUAAAGUGGCUCGCAUACCUCCAGCAAACUUGCAGAUAGAACUGUACCUCUACAAUCAGGGUAAGGCAGAGCAAGAAUUGUGUAGGCAGAAAGGUAUCACUAUGACGUCAUACUCCACACUUGGCUCACGUAGCGUACCUAAUGGCCUGCUUUCUGGAGCGAACUUAAAUCCUCUGCAGGAUCCGGUAGUCUGCCGCAUAGCCAAGUCUCACAAUAAGUCGACAGGUCAAGUUCUACUGAGACAUGUCCUACAGUUGGGCAUCGCAAUCAUCCCUAAAAGUUCCAACCCAAUCAGAAUUCGUGAGAAUUUUCAGGUAUUUGAUUUUGAACUGAGUGCAACUGAAAUGGAGGAGCUGAAUAAUCUGGAUAAAGGGGAAGAAGGCCGCCGGUUUCAUCUUGAAGCUUUAAAACCUCAUCCUGAAUAUCCUUAUCCAGGAUAAGUGAUGUAUUUUACCCGUUGUAUUUUCUUUCAGGAAACAAUAUAUUAUUUUCAUGUAUAUUGUCACGUAAUAAUAAUUAUAUCAUUACCGACUA